AUGUCAGGACCAUUUCCAGCUCGAGAAUUUGCUGCUUUAGAGAACUUGGAGACGUUGGAUCUAAGCUACUGUGGCUUCGAUGAUACCUUUGAGAUUCCAGAAUUAUCACAUCUCACUAACCUGGAGGAGCUGGAUUUAAGUGAAACAGGGCUCAACGGCGCACCAAAUAUCCAAGAAAUCUUUACUUUGCCUGAUUUGGAAGUCCUCUUCUUGAGAGAUAAUGGUUUCAAUGGAACAAUACCAAUGGAAGGUAAUGUUCUUUCGUCGUUACUUAAUUAA